AUGGCCGCAGGACUCGGCGUCAUGCGGUUAUUCAUCAUCUUCGUGCUGGGCUGCUUGUGCCGGCGGCUGCACUGCGUCCAGCUGGACGACUGGCCGGACCAAGCAGAUAUCCAGGAAAAGCAACAAUUGGAGCGUCUGCUGCAGCGCAUUCGCCUGGAGCGGCACUUUGAGACGAUCGUUGUCUAUGGACGGGCGCCGUGUGUGUUCCAUGAGCUGCUGCCGCAUCUGGAGCUGCCGACGGUGCUGCUGAGCAAUGGCAGCAGCCUGGCGGAUUGGCGCUUCAACAGCGAGUCGACGCUGCUGCUGUGCUGCGGCCUUACCGCCGAGCAGGAGCACAAUCCGCGCACCUUAUUGCAGCUGCAGCAGGCGCGACGCUUGGUCCAGCUGGAGGCCAAGAUCCGGCCGCAGUGGCUGUGCGCGCUCUACUUCGCACGGGAGCAGCACAAUGUGGCCAUGCUGGAUGCACGGGGCAAUCUGUACAGCUGUCGCCUCUAUCGGCAGCCCAACUAUGUGCAGCUCGCCAGCUCCAGCUACAACUCGAGCUCCGAUUCCAACUCCAACUCCGGCUCCAUUUAUGUGCAGCAGUACGGCAAUGUGCAGGGCGCAGUUAUCGUAAGCGAGCCGGAUCAGCUGGUGCCGCGUUCCAUGCUCUAUCGAGAUCCCAGCACCGGGCAGUUGGAGAUGGCGGGCUUUGUGUGCAAUCUGAUGAAGACGUUUGUGCGGCGCGUGAACGCCACGCUGAAGCUGCGUCCGGGCAUUGAGCUGGGCAAGACGACAUACUAUGGCACUAUGGAGCGUCGGGUGCAGCAGAACGAGCUGGAUGUGGCUGGCACGCUGGCGAGCACCUUGACAUCGGAUAACAUGGACUAUCUGAGCUAUCCGUUUGUGUCCUCGUCGUAUUGCUUUAUGAUACCCGUGCCGGCGCGUCUGCCCUACAAGAAGAUCUACACGAUGAUUGUGGAGCCUCUGGUGGUGGGCGUGCUGCUGCUGUUGUUCCUGAUCUUCUCGCUGCUGCUCAUCUACAGCCAGGAGCUGAGCUGGCGUCGGCUUAGUCUCAGCCGGGUGCUGCUCAACGAUCGCUGCCUGCGCGGCCUGCUCGGCCAGCCGUUCCCGUGGCCCCUGGCGGCCAGCCGCCAUCUGAAGGCCAUUUGCCUGCUGCUUUGCUUCGCCAGCCUCAUGACCACCACCAUGUACGAGUGCUAUCUGCAGUCGUUCUUCACACAGCCGCCGGCCGAGUCGAUGCUGCGCAGCUAUGCCGAUUUUCGCGCGUCACCCUACCGAAUCGCCGUGGAGCGCAGGGAGGCGAAUCGCAUGCUCAAGAGCUACAAUUUGACCACGGACCAUUCCCGCAACGCAUUCGUCCUGGACGAUUGGCACGAGUUUGUGCAUUUGCGCGACACCUUCAAUGCCAGCUUCAUUUACCCGGUCACCCAUCUGCGCUGGAAGUCCUACAGCGAGCAGCAGAAGCUAUUCAAGCAGCCCGUCUUCUACUACUCCGAGGAUGUCUGCCUGCAUCGCUUCCUGCUCAUGUGCCUGCCCGUACGCCGGCACUGGCCCUAUCGCCGGCUCUUCGAGCAGCACACGCUGUCCAUGUGGGAGUUUGGCGUGAUGCAGUUCUGGAUUCGCCGUGCCUUCUCCGACAUGGUUAACCUGAACAUGACCAAACUGGUGGACUACAGCUCUAGCGAGCCGAAUGAAGAGGCGGUCUAUGUUCGCGAUCUCUCCUGGAUAUUCUAUUUCUAUGCGACUGCCCAUCUGCUCGCCUGCCUUUGCUUUGCCGUCGAGCUCUGCUGGGGCAGAUACUUUUGA